AUGGAGGCCAUGCGUAGAAAAAUAACGGCCGAUCAGAUGGCCCUGAUCGAAAAGGCAAAGCAGGAGCACAACCAGAGGCAGAAGCAGGACCCAGACGCCCCCGCCAGUACAUGGAACCCCGAAAUCACCUCGAUCGCACCGCGCAACAAGCACGCCGCCCCUCCCAAGGUCAAGCUAUACCAGCCCGCCAUCAACAUCCCCCCGCCCUCUGGCUCCAAAACCGGCCCCAUCUCCACCACAGCAUCGGGCGGUGUACCUCCUUCCGAUCCUCGACCUCCCAAAGUGCCACCGGCAUCCGCUGCGACCCCUUCCCCCAGCUCCACCGGUGCCGGUGCUUCUGGCGCAUACAAGCCCUUCAAGCCGGCCACCAAAAUCGUUCCUGGCCAUGCUCCCUUCCCCGCCUCCAACACCGCAGGACUCUCGACCCUCGAGCCCUUUGCCAACUCGAUGCCCCCCCACCUCGCCGUUGCGGGCCCCUCGGCCUUGCCCUUCGCGCAGGGCGGCGACCCUGGCGUCGAGGGCGACGUCCUCGACGAGCCCGAGCCUUCGGCCUUCGGUGGCCCCACGAUCUCUUCCGAGGAUAGGGACAAGCAGCUUCAAGAUAUGGUCGCGCACAUGGUCAACGUCAUCGACGUCGACAUCUCAAAGGCCAAAGUCGACGGCAUGAAGUGCAUGCUCCUCCCGCACCAGAUCCAGGGCGUGCAGUGGAUGAAGGAGCGCGAGAUGGGCAAGUACAAGGGCGGAAUACUGGCAGACUCUAUGGGACUAGGCAAGACGGUGCAGAUGCUUGCGCUCGUCGUCAGCAACCGCCCGGGACAGGAGGGCGCCUCGAUCGACAAUGUUGCUCCCGACACGCCCGUCAAGAAGCGUGGUCCCAAGCCAAAGUACGCACCCCCGACCAAGGCUGCCAGCGGAACGGCGGCGACGGCGGCAGCAGCAGCAGCCAGGGCCCAGGUCAAGGGCAAAGGAACGCUCAUCAUUGCGCCGCUCGCCGUCGUCAAGCAGUGGGAGCGAGAGGUCCUCGAAAAGACCGAUGCUGGCCUCACCGUCUACGUCCACCACGGUCCCAAGCGAGCUAAAUCGGCUGCUGAGCUCGCCAGGUACGACGUCGUCGUGACGACCUACCCCACCGCCUCGAGCGAGUUCGCCAGCUUCAUUGCGGGCAGGGACGCAGCCGCCAAGAAGCAGCUCGAUUCGUCUGACUCGGAGGAGCUCGACGAAAGUUCCGAUGGCGCUUCGGACUCUGAUUCGGACGACGCCUACGGUCGAGGCACCGGCUCGCGGCGCAAGAGGGUGCCUGCAAAGGGCAAGAAGGUCGCGCCUCCUGCCAAGAAAGACAAGGCUUGUCCGCUCUUCGAGACCGAUUGGCUCAGGGUCGUGCUGGACGAAGCGCAGAACAUCAAGAACCACACGGCAAAGUGCUCCAAGGCCUGCUUCAGCUUGUCGAGUCGGGCGCACAGCAGGUGGUGCCUCACCGGUACGCCCAUCCAGAACGACAGCUACGAGCUCUUCAGCUUGAUCCACUUCCUCCGUAUCGCGCCCUUCGACGACUACAAGCAUUUCAAGAAGCUCAUCGGAGACCCGCUCAAAUCCAGCAACCAGAACCGCGUCAACUGGGGCAUGAAGCGUCUCUGCAUCGUUCUGCAAACGAUCAUGCUGCGUCGAACCAAGGACGCGACGUAUGAGGGCAAGCCCAUCCUCCAGCUCCCGGAUCGGGAAGUUGAGGUGGUCAGCUGCGACUUUGACGACCCAGAGGAGAGGGCCUUCUACGCCGAGCUCGAGUCGACCAUCCGCAAAAACAAGUCCGAAGCCGAAGCGAGGGAGGAAAAGAACAGCACGCUCGCCGACCUGGUGAUGCUUCUCCGCCUGAGGCAGGCGUGCAGUCAUCCCACCCUGACCAUGUCAAAGACGGCCGAUAAGGACGCGAUUACAGCACCCGUGGCCAGUACCAUGGGAGCGUCCCCCGGCGGGGAUGCCGCUGCCGAUGGCGAAGACGAUGGCGAUGAACUCGCCGCGAUGUUCUCGUCGCUCGCCGUCGCCAAAAAGCUUUGCGAGAGGUGCCAGGCGCCCCUCCGUCCGACAUCAAAGAGCCUCUGUGACUCGUGCGGGGAGGCGGCCCAGAAAAUGAAGGGCGCCAACUGGACAGCCGAAAAGGGUUCAACAAAGAUCCGUAUGAUGCUCAAGAUCCUCGACGAGAUCCGCCAGGGUGACAAGGCCGAGAAGACGAUCAUCUUCAGCCAGUUUACGUCUUUCCUGGACCUCGUCGAGCCGUUCUUGGUCACGCACAGGUACAACUUCGUCCGAUACGAUGGUCAGAUGCGACCCGAAGAGCGCGAAAGGAGCCUCGAGCGCAUCCGCUCCGAUCCCGCCGUCACCGUCAUCCUCAUCUCGUUCAAAGCUGGCGCCACCGGUCUCAACCUGACCUGCUGCUCCAGGGUGGUCCUGAUGGACCUCUGGUGGAACCCGCAGAUCGAAGAGCAGGCAUUCGACAGAGCCCACCGACUGGGACAGCAGCGAGAUGUCAAGAUUUACAAGCUGAGCAUCACCAAGACGGUCGAGGAGCGAAUCCUCGACCUCCAGGACAAGAAGCGCAGCCUGGCGAAGGCUGCGCUAGAGGGUAGCAAGAUGACCAAGGCCAAUCGCUUGGAUAAGACGGAGCUGAUGUACCUCUUUAAUGGCGGACCGCGCGAGGGCAGGAAGGGCGGCUGA